AUGAAACUAAUUAUAGUAAGUAACAGAUUACCAAUUAAAUUAAAAGAGAACGAUGGAGAAUAUGAAUAUACGAAGAGUUCGGGUGGAUUAGCAGCUGGUAUUGACAACUUGGCAAAUAAAAGGGAUUUUAUUUGGGUGGGUAAUUUAAGUGGUUAUGAUUUAACUGAAAAUGAACAAAAAAGAAUAAGUGGUGAUAUUUGGACUAAAUUUAAGUACGUUCCAAUUUUCUUACCCAACGAUACUCAAAGUAAAUUUUAUAAUGGAUUCUGUAAUGGAAUACUUUGGCCAUUGUUACACUCGUUUUGUGAUGAUGUUUGUUUUACAUUCAGUGAUCACCGGGCAUAUAUUGAAGCUAAUGAGGUAUUUGCUGAUAAAAUAUUAGAAGUAGCUGAUGAAGACAGUACUAUUUGGGUACAUGAUUAUCACUUGUUUUAUCUACCAGAAAUUCUUAAGAGAAAAAAUCCAAAAUUAAAAGUUGCUUUCUUUUUACACGUACCAUUCCCAGUUUAUGAUAACUUUGCAAUACUUCCAUGUUCUAAACAACUUGUUAAGUCAAUAGCUUAUGCAGACAUAGUUGCAUUCCAUGUUCCAGAAUAUGUAAUUAACUUUUUAGAAAAUAUUAAAAAGUUCGAAAUUGAUAAAAGACCCAUCACUAAAGCUAUCUCUAUAGGAAUUGAUCCUAAUCAAUUUAGAAAGACAUGUGAAGAAGAAAGUACUAUUAAGUUUUAUAACGAAAUUAAAGAGAAGUAUAAAGAUAAAAAGAUUAUUAUUGAAAUUGAUAGAACUGAUUAUAUAAAAGGAUUUCCAGAAAAGUAUAAAGCAAUAGAAAGAUUCUAUAAGAAGUAUCCAGAGUAUGUUAAAAAGGUAGUAUUUUUACAGGUUGCAAUUCCCAGUAGAAUGGAUGUUAGGGAAUAUUCUUGUUACGUAAAAGACUUUAAUGCUCAAGUACAGGCAAUAAACGGUAAAAUAGGCGAUUUACAUCACACACCAGUUAAAUUACAAUUUAGCAGUGUAAGUUUCAAUGAAUUAUGUGCCUUGUAUUUGGCAGGUGAUGCACUAUUUGUUGGAUCAAUUAUUGAUGGUAUGAAUUUAGUAGCAUUAGAGUAUGUGGCUUGUCAAGACAAGAAUAAAGGAGUAUUAAUACUCAGUCAAAAUAUAGGAGCACUUAUUUCAUUACCAGGGGCAGUUCCUUAUAAUCCCUGUAACACAGAAGAUGGAGCUGAUACAAUAAAAGAAGCACUUGAAUUAACAGAAGAAAAUAAAAGUGAAAGACAUGAAUUUAAUAAAGAAAUGAUCGAUAAAUUUACAACCUUUAAAUGGGCAGAAGACAACCUUAAAUUCAUAGAAGAAACAUUUGAAGUAAAAAAUGAAUAA